AUGAUAAAGAGAAUACUAAAAGUGAGGGAACAAGUGCAACAUACUCAGUAUUGGCAAACUGCUACUAGCCAAAGGGACAUGUUUAGUACAUCAAAGCUAUAUCAAGAAAUACGAGGAGGACUAGAUCAAAUGAGCUGGAGGAAGAUUUUCUUCACCAACUAUGCGAGACCUCGAGCAGUGUUCAUUUUGUGGCUCACUUUCAGGGGGCGAAUUAAGACAAAAGAUAGGCUGAUCAGGUAUGGCAUUAAUGUUGAUCCUAGAUGCGUUUUCUGCUCUGAGGAAGAAACGGUGGACCAUCUUAUGUUUCAAUGCAGAAUUACGAAUGGAAUCUGGAAAAAUAUAUUAGGGUGGAUCGGGUAUCACAGGAGCCCUGAUCAUUGGAUGCUUGAGCAAAUUUGGUUAACUGCUGAAGCAAACAAAAAGGGAUGGAGAAGAGUCCUCUUGAAAGCUGUUGUUGCUGAGACUGUAUAUGCCAUCUGGAGGAUGCACAACGAUGUGAUCUUCAAGCAACACACUUUGGAUGAUACAAUUACAAGAAAGAUAAAGGAAGUCAUAGCUUUAAGAUGCAUAGGUUAUAGAAGUCUAGCCAAACAUAUCAACAUAGAAAGCCUUGGUAUUAUUUAG